AUGGCAAUGGUAAACAAUAAAACACAUUGUUUUACAUGUAAUAAACACAAAAUAACAUAUUCUUGUGAAGGAUGUGCAAGAAAAUUUUGUUUAAUACAUUUAACUGAACAUCGUCAAAUAUUAACUAGUGAAUUACAUCAUAUUACCGAUGAAUAUAAUGAAUUUAAACAAAGAAUUAAUGAACAAAAGCAAAAUCCACAAAAUGGCUUAUUAAUAAAACAAAUUAAUCAAUGGGAAAUAGAAUCAAUUGAAAUAAUUCACCAAAAAGCACAAGAAUACAGAGAAAUCCUCAUUAAAUCUUCAGAAAUGUUUAUUAACGAUAUUGAAAAGAAAUUAAAAGAUUUAAAUGAACAAAUAAAAGAAAUUCAUCAAGAAAAUGAAUUUAAUGAACUCAACUUAAAUUAUUUAAGAAAUCAACUAACAGAAAUUACCGAAGAACUAAAUAAUUCAUCAAAUAUUUCUAUUAAAGAAGAUUCACAAUCAUUUAUUAAUGAAGUUUCAAUUAUUUCACCAAAAAAAUCAAAACUUAACAAAUGGAAACAAAAUGCCAUCACUGUGGCUGGUGGAAAUGGACAAGGGCAAAAACGGAAUCAGCUCAAGUCCCCUCACGGAAUCUUUAUUGAUAGGAAGAAACAUAUUUUCAUUACUGAUUGUUUCAAUCAUCGUAUUGCUGAAUGGGAAUGUAAUGCAAAAGAAGAACAAAUCAUGGUAGGUGCAAAUAAACAAGGAAAUCGAAUAAACCAAUUAGACCAACCAAAAGAUGUGGUUGUUGAUCAACAAAAUCAUUCGAUCAUUAUUGCUGAUCGAAAUAACAGACGAGUAAUUCGAUGGAUGAAUCAAAAUCAACAAAUUCUCAUUCACAAUAUUGACUGUUCUCGUUUGGCAAUGGAUAAACAUGGAUACCUUUAUGUUUCCGAUUAUGUGAAGAAUGAAGUAAGACGAUGGAAAAUGGGUGAAUAUAACAACGAAGGAAUUGUAGUGGCAGGCGGAAAUGGAAAAGGUUAUCAAUUCAAUCAACUUAAUUCUCCUAGUUUCAUCUUUGUUGAUGAACAUCAGUCUGUUUAUGUAUCAGAUCAAAACAAUAGUCGCGUGAUGAAAUGGAAAAAAGGUGCAAAACAAGGAACAGUUGUGGCUGGAGGAAAUGGUCAAGGAAGAGAUCUCAAUCAGUUGUCUAAACCUGAAGGAGUCAUUGUUGAUGAUUUGGGUCAAAUUUAUGUGGCAGAUUGUUGGAAUGAUCGAAUAAUGCGUUGGUGUGAAGGAAAAGAAGAAGGUGAAAUUGUUGUUGGUGGAAAUGGUGGAGGAAGUCGAUCAAAUCAAUUGAAUUGUCCAAUGAGUUUAUCUUUUGAUGAUGAAGCAAAUCUUUAUGUUGCUGAUUCAAGAAAUCAUCGAAUUCAAAAAUUUGAAAUAAUUCUGUAA